UUAGAAGGCAGAAACCUCAGAGCAGACCCCGGCUCAAGAUGGGCGGCCAUCUGCCUUGACCGGAUAAUCCAGAGAAAUAUGCUAAAACCUGGAUGUGGUGCUUAAUUCUGGCCCAGUGGUGGACUAAGGACCUGGAUUUUAAGGCUGUUGACCUCUCAGAUCUAUCUCGGGUUGCAUAAGACUGUAUGAUUUCACAUCAUCUGACACAUCCUUUUUCUCUUGAAAUGAAAUGACUGAAACAUUUAUCUGACAUCUGCAAUUUAGAGUACCUGGCUGACUCAGGCCAGUACUAUUCCAGACUUGUUCAAUCCCAUUGAGUAACAUAGCAACCAGCCCAUGGUUUUCCCAUAACAGCACAUACGUGAUUCAUAAAAGCAGAUCAAUAAUCCAACAAUCAUUUUAUUUAAGGUUUACACGUCCAGGUUUGAACUGAUUUCUUCAUGUAGAAACGUGCACUAUUCUACAAGCAGGUGGCGUCAAAGCAAACACGGUAGCGCUCUUGUCAUUGAGAGCCGCUUUAAAAGAGUCAAAAAUGAAAAAAAAAAGUCAGGAUGUACAUUUGAUUUCCCGAACACGAUUACGUUUGAGUGUAUUUACAAAAAAAAUCUUUUGCAGUUUCUAGUAAUAAAGAAUGAGUUUUAAUCAUUCAACCCCCCCACAUAGCACAUGGUACGAUCCGAAAGUGUCAGUUUACCGCACUUGGUUGCUAGGAGGCGGAGAACGCCUGAACGCUAGAAAUAUGACGCAGGGAAAAGCUCUCCCUCACAGUUGUUCUCGCUUAGUAUAGUUAACAGUUCUAUUUCAAUUAUUUCUAUACUAAAGGAUCAUUCGGUCGAUAUUUUGAUAUGGGACAGUACGGCAGGAAAGCGUGUUUAUAAGUUGUUUUGUUUAUUUAAUCGUUGUCUCGCCGUUGGGCCAGAGCAUGUUAAAGCAGUAAGCUGUCGCGUUUAUAUUUGUUUACAAUGGCUACCGACUGUAACAUCACUCAAGAGGAAAUUUUGGACUUUCUGAAGGAGAAUGGGGACAAAGUGAAAAACACAGAUUUAAUUGAGCAUUUUAAGGCCGCAUUCCCGGAGGAGCACGAGAAGAAAGCGGCUGCCCGGAAGAUAUUUAAAAACUACGUUGACAACGUUGCUUUUGUAAAAGCUGAGAGUGGAGUUAAAUAUGUCUGCCUGAAGAAAAAGUUUCGCGGUUCAGUGAAGGAACAGCAAAACUCACGUGUUAUUGAAGGGACAAAUGGGACGGAAACUGAACCAGUAGAAGUUGUAAAUCAAGAUAGAGUCCUUUGCCGUUAUCCUGUCGGUUCAGAGCGCCGUCAGAUUAGCGGUAAUGACGCAGUGGAGGAUGCAGCCCAGCCUCGUGCAGGAGGCGGUGAGGUGCAACAACAAAUACCACCUGGCUCGGGUUACGGAAAUGACAGCCAGGUGAGAGUUCCGCAUGUUUUCUCUCCUACAACCAUUUUUCCGGACAAAACAGACGACAAACGUAAGUGCCAUGAGUUUGUUUGUAUAGUGGAGGAAGUGGACAUAAACUCAGGUGAAAUGGGAAACAGAGGAAGUUUUCGAAGAGAGAGGAAGGAGUCCAAGAAGGAGCAGGCGAGAAAGGUACCUGACAUACCAGAAAUUUCCGUGAUAGAAGCUUCACCACUCCCGGCAGAGGGAUCUAUGUUCACCCUGCCUGGGCCUGUACAAACUGGUACUGCUGGACACAGUCCCAGAGACAGACAAGUUGAGACAGAAUCUCUUUCACUAGAAGGCCUAAAGGAAGCAGAGCGGAUUGAGGUGGUGGCAAGGCGUCGAAACUCUAAAGGUUCCCACCUCAGGCCUAGUGAGAUACAGUCAGACGAAAGGGACUAUGAAGGGCUGCUGGAUACGCAUAGUUUGUCUGGGAGUGAAGGAAACAUCUCCCCUAAAGGCAGCCGCAGACACUUCAUCGAGGUCAUGAUGAGCAGUUCCCCCCAGCUGAGACGUAGUAUGGUAUUGCGCAACUCAGUCUGCCUGUCCUCCAAGAGCGACAGUGACUCGUUGUCCUUGGUGUCCUCUAACCCGGAUGACGACAGGACCUCCGUCGCUCUAGACCCGCUGGAACACGAGUGGAUGAUGUGCGCUUCGGACGGGGAGUGGGCCACUUUGUACCGCCUCCUCACUGUAGAGCCCAGCCUUGUCCUGAGGAAGGAUUUCGUCACCGGUUUCACCUGCCUGCACUGGGCAGCGAAGCAUGGCAAACCUGAGCUGUUGGCGCUGAUCAUCAACUUUGCCAAACAACAAAAUAUUCCCAUCAGUGUUGAUGUUCGAUCCAACACCGGAUACACUCCGCUGCACAUAGCUGCCAUGCACAGCCACAUGGAGGUGGUGAAGCUCCUGGUGGGGGCCUACAAUGCAGAUGUAGAGAUCAGAGACUACAGUGGGAGGAAGGCCUGCCAGUACCUUACUGACAAUGUGAGCGUGGACAUACGGGACAUCAUAGGAGCAUAUGAGAAUUCUGACUCAGAGAACUCAGACUGCAUCGAUGGAGGCCGAUGGAGGUUCUCCAAGGUUCUCCAGUCAAACCUGAGGCCCUUCAAGCUCCUCAACCCCGGCGACCGCGAUUCUGUGGAUGGGGAAGUUCGACUCAGAGAGAAACCCGUCAGGAGGAAGUCCUCGUUCAGCAAAAUGAAGCCCAAGCUGGAGAGACUUCGCUUGAGGACGUCGCAGAUUAUCCACAGUACGUCGUUCCGUGACACAGAAGAGCUGGCGGAGUCCGCAAAAGGUUCCUUUAAGUCCAGACCCAAGACGCAUUUUUUUGGCUGAGAUCCGUACUUCCAAAAGACAGGAAAUAGCAUACAAGGAUGCCAACCGUUAAAAGACAGAAAUAUGACAACACUUUGGUGCUGGUGUUCAAUAAAUGUGGGUUUUAUAGUUAGUCCUGGUGAAAGCUAAUAUUUUAUAUUCAGCAUAGCAGAACCUUGCAAUUUUUAAUGCCAGUCAGCAAAACCUUUAUCCUUCAAAAUGGAGUUUCAGACCUCCGAAAGUCCACUUAGUCAACUCGUUCGCAUUUUGACUGAACGUCUUGCGACCAGUGCCUUAAAUAUUUACAACGAUUUCAUGUCCAUAUGAAUUUGUCUUUUGCAAUCGCAUAUUCAUAUUCAUCACGUCAGAUAGUGCCUAUACUGCUGGAGUUGUUUAAAGGGAGAAAAACGAUCUUUCCUCUCGGUACUCUGGCAACAUUUGCUGUCAUAGAACUUACGGGAUCAGCAGGUCAGCCAGCUUCUCUUUAUCCAUACACAGCUGACGCUAAAGCCUCUUUGACCACAAGUCUCUAUUCUGAGCCGCUGUGUCACAAAGUUGUAGUUCAAGGCCACGCCAGAAGCAUUUACAGAGAACCUCUGGUCCUUCUUGGAUAAUUUUACUUUUCAUACUGUAAAUAAAUUACAGACCCGUCCUGGAAAAAUCCCCUCCUAAAGCCAUCUGGAGAGGACUAAUCCGAGAAACUGGAUCCUUUGUUUAAGGAUCUGCACAGCAAUGAAGUUCGCAAAUACGGUUUACUUAACAGGAACGUACAAUAUUUUAUAAGUUGUUUACGUUUUUGUUUAAAAUGCAUUUCUCGAGAUGGUAAAUUGGGAGCCAGAGUGGAAAAUAACAUUAUAGAACCAGCAAAAAUUUUUUAAGAGCGUGGAAUCGCCUUCUUGUAUAAAAAGUCAUAAAAAUUUUAUUCAGGUAAAACAGUCUGUCAUAGCAACAUUCUAAAUCACAUGACGUGAUUCAUUUAAUCCACAACAUGCUGCUUGAUUUCGGAACUUGACCUACUGUAGAAGCUUUGCAUGUCAAGCUGUUUUAAGGUUCUUAACUGGAGGCCUGUGGAGGUGAAGGUUGCCGGCUUGCGUUUCUGGGCCCGCUUUUUAUCAGUGGUAAAUUUCCAUCCGUGAUGUCAUUUAUAUCCGGUGUUUGUCAGUCAUACAGAGAGCAGAGUGGAUCAUCUCACUUUUUAAAAUCUGUGUAUUGUUUCCAUAUGUUUUCCAUACGUGGUUAUGUAAGUCAGCCCCUUUACUGAUUAAGUUUAAACCUGUCAACCUUUUCAGUAUUUAUACAGCACUGCUUAUUUAUUCAUACACUAUUUUGCACGAGGAUAUAAUAUCUUUUGACUUCAAUUGCUCACUUUAAACUGUUAAAUAAUGUUGUCUUCAUUAGUACUUAACUGAUUUUUGGCUGAUAUUGAUUAGAAUCAGAAUCAGAUACUUGCACAUACAAGGAAUUUGUCUUGUAAGGUGCAAGAGUAUAAUAUUUACAGUAAGAAAAACAAAGUUUAAGUAUUGCGAAAUAUUCAAAUAUUAAAAAAGGUAUACAAAAAAAGAAAUGACUGGAAAUGUAAUUAAGAAGCUGUGCAAGUAGUGCAAAAUCCUGCAUUGUCAGCCAACAAGUAUAUUUUGGUGGAGAACUCAUUAGAUAUCUUGGCCACAGAUUUGAUUAUGCUUAUUUAAAGUGUUCUGUGAAAAACCAAUAUUGGAUGACGGAUUAUUAUCAGUUGUAUAAAACUCAAAUAUCCUAUCAGUUUAUCUUCCGUAGAAUUUCCAUUUUGACUUUAGGGUUUACAGCAGUUUUAUUUGAAUUAGACAAACCUCAGUGUACGGAAGCCCGCUCCUGCCAGGUAUUUAAAUAGAUAGAAAAAUGUUUUAGAAUUGUCACACUACAAAAUAUAUUCUAAUUACAUUAUGAUUCACUACCUCAUAGCCAUGUUUCAUAAUAACAAUUUAACAAAAACAGAGCAUCUCAUAAUUUUGACAGUGCAAGAUGUAACUUACAUCUCACAAGAUGGCGUCUUAGAAGAAAGGAAAACAAGAAAGAUGGUUAAUUGCUGCAAACCGCCAACCCAAAAUGUCACAUUUGACAACUUGGGACUGAGUCUCGGCAAUCAGCGGGCUUUCUCCUGAUGUUGAUGCCCAGAAAUGUCCCGAACCCAGCAAAGUAAUGACAAUAUAUAAAAAUAUAGGGUACAUUCUUCGUUCUUAUUUUUAUUCAUCUCUAAAUGAUUUACCAUGAAUUUGUUUAAAUAAGAUUUUCUUUAAGCUAGUGGCACCUUCAGUCUUUUUUUAUCACAUCUUUGCACAAUUUUACGCAAAAAAAAAAGCUCUUAUGUUUUUAUUUGCACAUUGCAAUGUGUCUAACAACAUUAACUGUUACUUUUCCAGACCUCAGAGGAGAGUAAAUAUUUUCAUGAAUUACUUGUAUUUGUCUACAUGUGAUUUUUUUAUUCUGAUUAAAUAAAAAAAUGUGCUGCUAAAG